CACUCUCCUGGCUGCCUUUUGCCUUGGCGCGGCUCACAGCGGCCGGAGAAACUCACGAGUAGGAGCCAUUGUCCCACCUGGGCGGGGGUGGAGAAAGGAGUUUCUCCACCUGGGGCAGCCAGCAGGACACCAGUGCUGCUGCUCCCGAUGCCCACAAAUGGCAGACGAUGGAUUUACAGCCCGAGAGUCUAAAAGCUCCUCAUGAUAACGGCCCCCGAAAUGUGAGCAGUUUGGGCAUCCCGUUGUAGUGCACUUUGCAGGAGCCCUCCAAUCUGCUCCUAAAGGCAAUGCACCAUGUAUGUGUAUAGACAUACAGUACAUACACUGGGGGCCGGACUGAAAGUUCUUCUAGUGCCCCUCGUCCAUCCACACACCCCAUCGUCUCUUUUGGAUCCGACUCCAUCGCCAGCCGGAUCCCCGCCAACGGAAGGGAGUCCUGGGUGGGCGCUGGCCCCCCCUUCAGCGAACAGCCGCGGCGUUGCCAUGACGACCGCGGACUCUUCCGGAAUUUUCCGCCCCGACCCCCGGGGGGCGGGGCCCCGCCAGGACUCCGGCCCCGCCCACGGGGAGGGGGAGGAGGAAGAGGAGGGGCCGACCUCGGCCGACGACGCCAGCAGCGACCUCAGCGCCCUGGUGGUGCCCUACCCCGAGCUGGCCCCCGUCGUCUUCUUCUGCCUCAAGCAGACCACCUGCCCGCGCAACUGGUGCAUCCGCAUGGUCUGCAAUCCCUGGUUCGAGCACAUCAGCAUGAUGGUCAUCCUGCUGAACUGUGUCACCCUGGGGAUGUACCAGCCCUGCGAGAACAUCGACUGCUCCUCGGACCGCUGCCAGAUCCUGCAGGUAACUCUCCGGCCCGCACGGCUUUUAAAACCGGGACUCUCUGGCGGCCGUCCCCCAGCUCUCCGGCAGGGGAAGGGGAAGGGACUAGUUGUUGCUGGGGUGGGCUACAUCACAGCAUCGAACUGGGACGCCCCGAGUGUGGGGGUUUUCCAUCAGAGGGGACGCAACGAGGAGGCCCUUGCCGAGCAGCACGGAGCGGCAGAGGGAUAUCCGACCCUCUGUUCUCCGCGGGAGAGACGGCACAGGCAGAGGGAUUCGGGCGAGAGGCAGGGGAAAGCAGGAAACUCGGGGAGGUGGACGGGGGAAGGGAGGCGGAAUGAAGUCUCGUGUGGGGUUAUCCAGUGGCAGAGCAAGAAAAUGGGCGAUUUCCGCCUCCUGAAGGGAAGAGAGAGGAUGGUGGAGUACUCCCUGGACCUCCAGAAUAUCAACCUCUCGGCCAUCAGAACAGUGCGGGUCCUGCGGCCGCUGAAAGCCAUCAACCGGGUGCCCAGUAUGCGUAUCCUGGUGAACCUGCUCCUGGACACCCUGCCCAUGCUGGGGAAUGUGCUGCUGCUCUGCUUCUUCGUCUUCUUCAUCUUCGGCAUCAUCGGCGUGCAGCUGUGGGCCGGCCUGCUGCGCAACCGCUGCUUCCCGGUCUCCUCUCCUCCCAGAUCGACAGGUAUCUCCCUGUCCUCUUCGUACUACCGGCCGGAGGAAGACGACGAGAAGCCCUUCAUCUGCUCCCUGGCGGCUGACAACGGGAUCAUGUCGUGCCGGGACGUGCCGGCGCGGCGGGAGGAGGGCCGGGAGUGCUGCCUGGACAAGGAGGACUACCUGCACCGCCUGGCGCUGGGGCUGCCCCCCGAGCCGCUGGCCAACGGCAGCGGUGGGGGGCUGUGCGUCAACUGGAACCAGUACUACACCCGCUGCGACACCGGCUUCACCAACCCCCACAAGGGGGCGAUCAACUUCGACAACAUCGGCUACGCCUGGAUCGUCAUCUUCCAGGUCAUCACUCUGGAAGGCUGGGUGGAGAUCAUGUACUAUGUGAUGGACGCACACUCCUUCUACAACUUCAUCUACUUCAUCCUGCUCAUUAUAGUGGGCUCGUUCUUCAUGAUCAACCUGUGCCUGGUGGUCAUCGCCACGCAGUUCUCGGAGACCAAGCAGCGCGAGCACCAGCUGAUGCAGGAGCAGCGGGCCCAGUGCCACUCCUCCAGCACGCUGGCCAGCCUGGCCGAGCCCGGCGACUGCUACGAGGAGAUCUUCCAGUACGUCUGCCACGUGCUGCGCAAGGCCCGGCGCCGCACCGCCGCUGCUCUCUGCCCGCAUCACGGGCACGUGGAACACACUGCCCAGGCUCUGGUGACCCCCAUCGCCCUCAGCGUGACCCCUGACCCCGAGAGCUGCCCUCACUGUACACCGGCCCUGCUGCUUCAGGAAGGGGCGGGGACUGGGAGCAGCGGGGCCAACGAGGAGGAGGAAGAGGAGGAGGAAGGGGGCGUGGGGGACGCUGACCGGGUGGGCAAGAGGAGGCCCGAGCCACCUGAGGAGGACGAGGAGGAGGUAGAGGACGAGGAAGGAGCCCGGGGCAAGAAGAAAGGGUGUGGAGGGCAGUGCAAGGAACUGUGGGACGAGAUGCGUGCCAAGCUGUGGGGCAUCGUGGAGAGCAAGUACUUCAACAGGGGCAUCAUGAUGGCCAUCCUCAUCAACACCAUCAGCAUGGGCAUCGAGCACCACGAGCAGCCGGAGGAGCUGACCAACGUGCUGGAGAUCUCCAACAUCGUCUUCACCAGCAUGUUCGCCCUGGAGAUGAUCCUCAAGCUCACCGCCUUCGGCUUCUUCAGCUACCUGAGGAACCCCUACAACAUCUUCGACGGCAUCAUCGUCAUCAUCAGGGGUUCGAAAGCUGUAAUUAAACAGCCAGUAUCUCAAUUCAGGGUCCAGUUUAGUAAGAGUGUUCCCUUCACUCCAGACCCCAAGAUCUGCACUUUGACCCCCAACGGCCACCUGGAGCCCGGCCCUGUGCCUUCUUCCAAGGCGCCGUACGCUUCAGAGAGGUUGCAUUGGAGCCUGGGUUCGAGGAAGAGCAGUGUCAUCUCCCUGGGCCCGGCCAACCUGGAGCAAAGGUCGCUGUGCGGCAGGCGCAAUUCCCACUACCACCACUGGGGGCGUCCUCCUCAGUCCUCCUGGAGCCGGAGGUCCAGCUGGAACAGCCUGCGCUGGCCCUCCGUGGGAAUGGGGAUGACCGUGGUGGGGGGAGGCGGCGGCGGCGGCGGAGGCAGCAGUAACGCCCGGACCCGGAACCCCCCCAGUCUGUGUUUCCGAAUCCAGAAGAUGAUGGAGGUGUACAAGCCAGACUGGUGUGAGGCCAGGGAUGACUGGUCCGUCUAUCUCUUCUCCCCACAAAACAAGUUCAGGCUGCUGUGCCAGUCCAUCAUUGCUCACAAGCUCUUUGACUACGUGGUCCUGGCCUUCAUCUUUCUCAACUGCAUCACUGUGGCCUUGGAGAGGCCCAAGAUCCACCAGGGAAGCCUGGAGCGCCUCUUCCUCACCAUCUCCAACUACAUCUUCACUGCCAUCUUUGUGGCUGAGAUGACACUCAAGGUGGUGUCCAUGGGGCUGUACUUCGGCGAGCAGGCCUACCUGCGCAGCAGCUGGAACGUCCUGGACGGCUUCCUGGUCUUCGUCUCCCUCGUCGACAUCGUGGUCUCCAUGGCGGGCGGGGCCAAGAUCCUGGGGGUCCUGAGGGUGCUGAGGCUCCUGCGCACCCUGCGCCCCCUCAGGGUCAUCAGCCGAGCCCCGGGUUUGAAACUGGUGGUGGAGACGCUGAUCUCCUCCCUGAAGCCCAUCGGGAACAUCGUGCUCAUCUGCUGUGCCUUCUUCAUCAUCUUCGGGAUUUUGGGUGUGCAGCUCUUCAAAGGGAAGUUUUUCUACUGCCUGGGCCCGGACAUCAAGAACAUCACCAACAAGUCCGACUGCCUCCUGGCCAAUUACAAGUGGGUCCACCACAAGUACAACUUCGACAACUUGGGUCAGGCUUUGAUGUCCCUCUUUGUGCUGGCUUCUAAGGACGGCUGGGUCAAUAUCAUGUAUAAUGGACUGGACGCCGUGGGCAUUGACCAACAGGUAAGAAAGGCCUCCCAGGCUUUCUGCACGCCAUUCACUGCAGGGCAGUAUCGGGGGCACACCUUGCAGCUUGUUUGUGUCUACCUCCCCUCCUCCUGCCCCCCCCCUUCUCUCCUGCUCUCAGAGGCACAGAAGCUGCCCUAUUACGCCAGCUACAGCCCAGUGCGGCUGAUGAUCCACUCUCUGUGCACCAGUCACUACCUGGACCUCUUCAUCACCGUCAUCAUCUGUGUCAACGUUGUCACCAUGUCCCUGGAGCACUACAGCCAGCCUCCGUCCCUGGAGACGGCGCUGAAGUACUGCAACUACCUCUUCACCACCACCUUCGUCCUGGAGGCCGUGCUGAAGCUGAUCGCCUUCGGGUUCCGCCGCUUCUUCAAGGACAGGUGGAACCAGCUGGAUCUGGCCAUCGUGCUGCUGUCGGUGAUGGGGAUCACUCUGGAGGAGAUCGAGAUCAACGCGGCCCUGCCCAUCAACCCCACCAUCAUCCGGAUCAUGAGAGUGCUGCGGAUCGCCAGGGUGCUGAAGCUGUUGAAGAUGGCCACUGGCAUGAGAGCGUUGCUGGACACAGUGGUGCAGGCCCUGCCUCAGGUGGGAAACCUGGGGCUGCUGUUCAUGUUGCUGUUCUUCAUCUACGCAGCGCUGGGCGUUGAGCUGUUCGGAGAGCUGGUGUGCAACGCAGACUACCCCUGCGAGGGAAUGAGUCGCCACGCCACCUUCGAGAACUUCGGCAUGGCGUUCCUCACGCUCUUCCAGGUGUCCACCGGGGACAACUGGAACGGGAUCAUGAAGACAGAAAUUCUGUGCUCCAUUACUUGCACAGAACAAUUAAUACAGCAUGUCCCCUUGGUACUGAAACCCCAACUUUAUUAUGCACCUACCCCCUCCCUCUCCCCUCCUGCCCCGCAGGAGAGCCUGUGGCUGGACAGCGUGUCCCUGCUCAUCAAGGACUCCUUCGAGGGGGAGCUGCUGAUGAUCGACAACCUCUCCGGCUCUGUCUUCCACCACUACUCCUCCCCGCCGGUGUGCAAGGACUGCCGCCACCACCGGCAAGAGAUCCGAUUGGCCGAGGUGGAGCAGGCGUCUCUGAUGUCAGAGCAGAUGUCGGACAAGUCCUCGUCAUUGGCGCUGCCUGAUGACCUCAGCCUGGACGACCACAGCGUGUACCAGCUCCUAGUGCGGGAUGGCAAGGAAGAGAGAGGAAGCAGUGAGUCCCGCAGUUCUGAGGAGCUAGGGGGAAGCCAACCUGGAGGUCAAGGGUCGCUGCCCCAGAGCCCAGGGGCAGAGGAUGGGGGAGCGCUGUUUGAGCUGGGCAGCCAGCUCCCCUGUCCCAGCGCAGAGGGGGCCCGCAGUGGCAGCAGGGGGGGCAGCUCGUCUCUCUUUCACCUCCCUGCCGAAUUCUUCCACCCCGCCGCCGCCGCGGCCGCCCCCAGCAGCGCGGGAGGGCCCCAGAAGAGGGGCGGGGGCAGGCUGACCUCGCCAGCCUCCUGGGCGUCCCUGAGGUCUCCUGGCGCCAACAGCAGAGACUUGACCAUGCAGCACGCGGCCCUCAGCGAUUCCUCCCUGGCUACGGGCAGUUCAGAGGGCAGCUUGCAGACCACGCUGGAGGAGGGCCUGAGCUUCAGCGUCUCCCCCCCCAGGGAGCUGGAUCUUCCCCUGUUGUGCCCCCUUCCCAGUGAUGACAACACCCCGGCCUUGUGCAGUAACACUCCCCCGGAGCCGGUGGCACAGCGGCACCCCCAGUUCGGCAGCGCAAGGGUGAGACUGGGGGCUGCCGCCAACUCCCCGGCCGCUUUCAGCCUCCAGGCCAGCAGGGGGCACCAGAGGAGUCAAAGCAGCGGGGGCAGCAGCACCAGCCCCAGCUGCAACCGGCAGGACUCCAUGGAGCCGUCGGAUGACGACCUGGUCAUCGGCGGGGGCUCCAGUCAGGCCUGCAACAGCGAGCUCUUGUCCGAGACUCUCAGCAGCAUGUCUCUCACAUCGCUGCUCUCGCCGGGCUCCCUGGCUCCCCCUCUGGCGAAGAAGUGCAACAGCACGGGCAGCCUGGACCACGCCAGUCUGAGAGGGACCAAGGAGGGCAGGCUGUUCUACGGCCUGGACCCCCAGGGCUACCUCUUCUCAGCCCCCACCUCCGCCUCCUGGACUGAAGAGGAGGGGGGCAGGCAGAGGGGACGCGGGGAAGAGGAGGUGGGGGAUGCAGAUAGCGGGGUGCCGGGGGGAAAGGGGCUGGCAGGAUACAGCAUGAAGAGUAUGCCAAUGGCAUCCAAGAAAAACAGAUGAGUCCCCUGGUUUCUCCCGUGACCCCACCCUUCCUCAUCUCCCCAGUCUCCCCCUGCCCUCUCUCAUCACCAAGCGCGUGUUUUUCGAUGGCGGUCUGCAGCCGAACUCCCCCCCGCCCCCCAAUCCGUUUCUCUGGUGACGUCCGUCACGUUCGUGUAUCCUCACAAUCGCGGGGGCUGGCGGGAUUGGGUUCAGAGGAAAAACUGUGCGAGAGGGAUUUCCCGCGACAGGGGAGGAAGAGAAGGGAGUGGAUUUCUUACGCGCCGCCGGAAGGAGCCGGACGAGCACGAGCGAGACGAGGAAAGGCGGGCCCGGAGGGCCGCGUGGCUCUGGUGGUGCUGAAUUCUCCCAGCUUGGGGGGGGUCCUCGUCUUCUGGCACGCGAACGGGUGGGGAAAUACACACGAGCAAAAAAAAACAAACGUGUUGGAUUUCGGAAAAACGAGGGGAGAAGAGGAUCGAGCCUGCCGUUCUUUCUCGGUCUUGGAAAACACGAGUUGAUGUCAGGACAGGCGGGACUGUCCCUUAGACCCUGGCACGUGAAAGCAUUAGGAAGCCGGGGGAACUUUGUACAGCCAGCAGCAUUUUCUAUUUCUAAGAGUCUAUUGUUGAGUUGAUCGCAAGGUAUACAGGCGACGAGCAAAUUCCUGAACUUCCCCUCGGAAAGAACGGAGAGAAGAAGAGUGCGGGAGAGGAUUUGUGGGAGAGGAGCCUUGGAGUCUGCCGUUAUCCCAGUGGCGCUCCUAGGGUGAGGAGAGGCGGGUACCCCGGAGAACCAGCGGGGACAAAUCUGCCCGACGGGGGCAAAGAAUAAAAUACUCAUCUCCCUUGCUGCUAAUGAAAUACAAAACAAAAUCAACAGGUUUCGCUUUGGGGGGGAAAAGGACCAGAAGAAAUGAGGGAGUGUUCUGUCAUUGCCUGGAGUGCAGAGAAAUCACAACCAGCCUGCGCCUAGUGGAAACUCUAGUGUGUGCCAAUGUGUGCCAGUAGAAAUUGGCGUUGGGUUUCUAAUGGUCCGAACUGGUAACGGCUCAGCGGUGAGGUACUGCUAACAAUGUCCAGUAGAAUGGAAAACUCUCUUUACAGCGAUGCUGUACUGUACUGGGGUUUGAAGUGUUCGGAAAUGGAAGGUACUGGUGGCCAGCAGACACCAAAGUAAACAUUUCUACUAGAAUUUCCACUAGGGGAAAGAGCACUCUCCUUUCUCUUUUACAGUACCUGCCCGAAUCUUGGAAUUCUUUCGUUCCUCGCUUUGUACAAGGGGAGUGGAAAGGGUCAUGAUAAGAUUACGCUCGCGUGGUGAUAUUGUGGUGUGAGCUCAGAACUUUACAAGCAGGGGCGUGUGGAGUUUUUCAUUUUAUUUUAGAGGUAACGAAGGGACAACGGGUCGCAAUGCCUCUCUCUUCUAAUCUAGUCUUUAGCUACCAUUUUCAUUUGUUUUUGAGAUUGUUAUGCUGCAACGGCUUCCAGUUUUGUAUGUGGAUAAGAAAGCAAAAUGGGGAAGUGGGUAUGGUAUUCUUUCAGGCCGUUCUGGGAAGGGGGGUGGAGUUUGUGAAGGAAGAAAAAAAAACAACCAAAAUUGACAAAAACAGAAAAGAGGGAAGAAGUUCAAGGACAGACUUGAGUUCUGUUAGAAUGCUUCCCCAGGGGUACAAGUGACUAUGGAAUCUGGUUCCAGCA